GUCAAACUUUGUUGACGUUGACAUUUCACUUCAGAGAGUAAAGGGAGCAUCUCAAUUCAAUACUUGACGUCGACAUUACGCCAAGUUAUCAAACUGGAUUUUAAUACGGUAGAAAAUAAAUAGGCCGGAUUUAUUGGAUUUUACAGUACAUGGUACUGUAACGACUUGGAACGAAAAAGGACUUUUCUCUUUCUUUUUUUAAGUAAUGCAAGAAGCAGCAAUGGAAGAAUCCAAUGCAAUCAACGUUGAACAACAACAACAAGAACAACUUACCACCAAUAACUAUCAAGAGCUAUCGGAACAACAACCUCCAUCUUCUCCAACCUCGGUUGCUACACCAACGAGCACCACCAGCGGUGGCACCGCCAGCAAUGCUGCUUUCAGCUAUGACGAUCUGUUCCCAGCUUUGCCAGCUAAUACUUCUGCUCCUCUGGGCAAUACCACCGCUCAACCAUGCGUACGCGUAAACAGCUCGCAAAAGACUCAGGUUCUGCAUUUAGCUGGCGAAGAACGUAAAUCAACCGAUUCGGAAAAAUUCGGUGAGGGCGAAUCGAAGCGUAUUUGCCAGCAAAUAUCCAAGGAAACCGGUGCUCAAAUUGAAAUCGCCAGUGGCAAAAAUCAAUCGCUAACUUUCCUCAUCAAGGGAAAGCAAAAUGAAUUGCUCGACGCUCGCCGCAAAAUUCUUAUGCACUUUUCCACCCAGGCAAGUCGCUCCAUUGCCAUACCCAAGGAACAUCAUCGCGUCAUUUUGGGUAAGGCUGGUAAACGUUUGCGCGAUUUAGAGCAGCAGACAGCCACAAAGAUUACCAUUCCCAAUCAGAGUGACGAUAGUGAUAUUAUCACCAUUGCCGGUACCAAGGAAGAUAUUGAGAAGGCCGAACAUGAAAUUCGUCAAUUGUCGACCGAACAAUACAAGAAGUCGUCUGAUCGUAUUUCGGUGCCCAAGAUCUAUCAUCCAUUCAUUGUGGGUCCCUACAAUGAGAAUUUGAAUAAGAUCAUAGAGGAGACUGGGGCCAAGGUGAAUGUACCACCACAGUCUGUGCAAAAGGAUGAAAUUGUAAUUAUGGGUGAAAAGGAUGCGGUGGCCGCCGCCAAGGCCAAGGUUGAGGCCAUCUUCAAGGAGAUGGAGAAAAAAUGCUCUACGGUAAGCGUAGAAGUGGCCAAGGCUCAACAUCGCUAUGUGAUUGGCCCCAAGGGUUCAACUAUUGCCGAAAUUCUUCAAUUGACUGGAGUCUCCGUUGAAAUGCCUCCGCUGGAUUCGCCUCUGGAGACCAUUACCCUUCGUGGACCUCAGGUCGCUCUAGGCAAUGCCUUGACGGUGGUCUAUCAAAAAGCGAACUCCGUAAAGUCCGUCGAGAUUGAUGCUCCACGUUGGAUCCACAAGUAUGUGAUUGGCCGUAAGGGUGUUAACAUGAAGCAAUUGGAGGAAGACUGUCCCAAUGUCAAUGUGAACUGUCUCGACGAUAAAAUAAAACUCGAAGGCGACCCCGAAAAUGUCGACAAGGCAGCUUCGUAUUUGAACGACAUUGUAAGCAACUACCAACAGAACUAUACCUUUGUGGUGAUGCGUGUCAAUCCAGCCUAUUACAAGCACAUUAUAGGCAAGGCUGGUGCCAACGUUAAUCGUCUUAAGGAUGAACUUAAUGUCAACAUCAACAUUGAGGAGCAUGAAGGCGAGAAUAACAUUCGCAUUGAAGGUCCUACGGACGGUGUUAAAAAGGCUCAACUUGAAUUACAAGAAAAAAUCGACAAACUGGAAAAUGAAAAAUCAAAGGAUGUUAUAAUUGACCGCCGUCUGCAUCGCCAAAUUAUUGGUGCAAAGGGUGAAAAAAUUCGCGAGGUUAAAGACCGCUAUCGCAAUGUGAUGAUUUUGAUUCCUACCCCCCAGGAGAACACUGACAUUGUGAAAUUGCGCGGCCCCAAAGAAGAAGUCGACAAGUGUCACAAGGAUCUCCUGAAAAUGGUAAAGGAGAUCCAAGAAUCUUCGCACAUUGAGUCGGUGCCCAUCUUCAAGCAAUUCCAUAAAUUUGUCAUUGGCAAAGGCGGUGCUAACAUCAAGAAAAUCCGUGACGAAACCCAAACCAAGAUCGAUCUUCCUGCCGAAGGUGACACCAAUGAAGUUAUUGUCAUUACCGGCAAGAAAGAGAACGUCCUUGAGGCCAAGGAGCGCAUACAGAAGAUUCAAAAUGAAUUGGCCGACAUUGUCACCGAGGAAGUACAAAUUCCCCCCAAAUACUAUAAUUCGAUCAUUGGCACUGGUGGUAAAUUGAUAUCGUCCAUUAUGGAAGAGUGUGGAGGAGUGUCAAUUAAAUUCCCUACAAGUGAUUCCAAGACCGAUAAGGUCACCAUUCGAGGUCCCAAAGACGAUGUCCUCAAAGCCAAGUCACAACUAUUGGAAUUGGCGAAUGAACGUCAAUUGGCUUCCUUCACUGCCGAAGUUAGGGCCAAGCAACAGCACCAUAAGUUCCUCAUUGGCAAGAAUGGCGCUUCCAUUCGGAAAAUACGUGAUGCCACCGGUGCACGCAUCAUCUUCCCUGGCAAUGAAGAUGCCGACAAGGAAGUCAUAACUAUCAUUGGCAAAGAGGAAAAUGUGAAGCAGGCAAAGGAGCAGCUAGAGGCCAUUAUUAAGGAUAUUGACUUGGUAACCGAUGGUGAGAUCUCUGUCGAACCCAAGUACCACAAACACUUUGUUGCCAAACGUGGUGAAAUCUUGAAUCGCAUACAAGAAGAAUGCGGCGGUGUCAUGAUAUCAUUCCCCAGGCCAGGCGUCGACUCCGAUAAGGUAACACUCAAGGGAGCUAAGGAGUGUAUUGAAGCUGCCAAGCAGCGUAUUACCGAAAUUGUGGCUGACCUCGAUGCGCAAGUGACAAUUGAGGUGGUUAUACCCCAACGCUUGCAUCGCACCAUUAUGGGCCCGCGCGGCAUUAAAGUUCAACAAGUGACCACUGAACAUGAUGUACAAAUCAAAUUCCCCGACCGCGAUGCCACCGGUCCCAUCGAAGGUUUAGAGAAUGGCACCAAUGGCACACUCGAUGGUGUGGCCACCGACGAACCCAUACGCCAAUGUGAUAUUAUACGCAUAACAGGUCACAUUGAUAGGUGCAAUGCCGCCAAACAGGCUCUCAUUGAUUUGGUGCCAAUCGUUGAAGAGCUCACCGUUCCUUACGACCUACAUCGUACCAUCAUCGGUCCCAAGGGUGCCAAUGUUCGUGAAUUUAUGUCCAAAUAUGAUGUACACAUUGAACUGCCACCCAGCGAUGCUAAAUCGGACAUUGUCAGAGUAUCGGGUACACCAGCUCAUGUGGCCGAAGCCAAACAAGCUUUGGACAAAAUGAUCGAAGAUCAUGAAGCAGAUCGUGCCGAUCGUGAACUGCGCUCAUAUGCUCUGCUCAUCGAUGUUGAUCCCGAAUACCACUCGAAAUUGAUUGGAAAACGUGGUGCGGUUAUCAAUAAAUUGCGUAGCGAUCAUGACGUCAACAUAUCAUUGCCCAAACGUGGUGAUCCCAAUCAAAGCACCAUCACCAUUACCGGUUACCAAGAAAAGGCCGAAGCCGCUCGUGAUGCCAUCAUGGAAAUUGUUGGUGAAAUGCAAAAUCUAUACCGUGAAGUGAUUGAGAUCGAUACACGUGUCCAUUCGCAUAUUAUUGGUCAACGUGGCAGAACCAUACGUAAACUUAUUGAAGACUAUAAGGUUGACAUCAAAUUCCCCUCAAGCGAGGAAGCCAAGACUAAUCCCGAUGCUGUCACAAUUAUUGGCAAAGAAGAAGAUGUUGAGAAUGCCAAGGAGGCUAUACUCAACAUGGCCGAGGACUACACUCGUGACUAUUUAGAAAACUUGCCUCCUUCACCUCAACCCCAGACUGUUGGUGCUUUCCUUUCCGGCACCAAUAAUGCUAAUAAUGAGAAUGGCUUCGUCAUAAAAGAUGCCCCAUGGGAGAAGGCUAAUGAGAAGAAGGGUCAAUCAGCAGCACCAAAUACUCAAUCCCAAGAAGAUUUCCCAGCUGUGGGUGGUGCGCCAGUAACAUCAGCUCCCAUUACAUCUGUUUGGGGUCCCAAAAACUAAUUAACACACCCAUACACACACAUAUACACCCAAACACAAAAACAUAUAAGCAAAUAAUACAAGCAGCAGCAGUAAAAAGAGAAUAAAUUUCAAAACUCAUACGAAGUUGACCGCGAAAAAGGUGUCAAAAUCUGAAGGUUGUCAAAAUAUAUAUAUAUAUAAAAUACACACACACACACAUCCCUAUAUAUUACUACUGUAAUAAUAUUUAGGGAUACGAAGAGAACUCAGAACCCAUGAAAUGUAAAACAACAAACACUAUACAUAACAGUGUUAUACCCCUCCAUACAACAAACAACACCCUCAUACACACACACACACCCUGCCACAUACGCAAGAAGACAAAAGACAUUAAUAACUACACUUCUCGUCCCCCCUUAACGAUCGAUCGAUGGAAGGUCAUCGUACACUUCUUAUAGUUCUUCUGUUUGACGUUUUUUGAAAUGACAUCGAAACCCACUGAAUUUGGAAAUAAAUAGAAUGCCAGGAAAAUAUUUCGAAUUUAAUUCGAAUAUUUCUCUGCAACAUUUUUAUUGACACACUUCUUUCGUGCGCUUCCUUUAACAAACAAACAACAACAACAAAAAAAAGAAAAAUUCAAUAGUUUUUUAUAUAAGCUGAUGAAAAAAAUAACUACAACUCAAGCUAAUGGCAAAUGCAAAUUCAGCACACGUAACAAGCAAAAAAAAGUGCAAAAAAAUGCUGCCCAACAACACCGAGGAGGAAGAGUUCUGCAGUCCUUCUUCCUGGAGAGCUGCUGAGAGGCAGUUGGUGGUGGCAAAUAUAUUUGCAUGUUGCAGGUUGAGUUGACAUUUAAUUUAUAUACAUAAUUGUAAUAACAAUGAUGCCAAGUUUACACUUAAUAAACACAUACACAUACAAAAAUAAAAACAUAUAUAUAUCAUAUAAAACUAAAAACGGAACGUAAGAGUUUAUUAACAAAACCGAUCAUAAUUUUUUUAUAUGAAACAAAAACAAAAAACAAAAAAAAAAAUAGUAAAAGAAUGUCAAAUACAAUAUAAGUAUAAAAAGUUUAUUUUUUUUUUUAAUAUAAUAAUUAUAUUUUCAUUUGUUUUUUGUCAUGUCGUCCUUCUGAGAGAGUAAAAACAAACAGAAAAAAAAAUAAAGAAAAAACGAAAUACUUAAAACAGAUUUAUAUAACAAGCUAUGAUUUAACGAAAAAAAAAAAUCACAAAAACUAUGCCUUUUAAAAAGUCAUCUCCACCCCCAUUAUGAAGAAAAACAAACAAAAAAUAAAGAGGAAACAAAACAAAUUUAACGAAUUUCUUUUGAAAAUUCUACAUCUUUUUCCUAUAUGAUGAACAUUUAUAUAAUAGACAAAUUAAUAUUACAAAAAAGAAAAUGAGAAAACAAAACGAAAGUAAAAUAAAAAAAUCCAUGCUUUUAUUAGUUUAAUGA